ACAAACGCACGUGCCAAGGCCAGCGCCAAGCAGCAUGGAGCUCUUCACGGUGAACCGAUAUGACGAAACAAAGCUUAACGCGGAAGACGAGAAGCUGCAGGAGGAACUCAUUCUGCAGCAGUUGCAGGCCCGCAAAGAUAAAAAAGAGAAGCGUAGAUCGUUGAAGCCCAUCGUGCCCGUUCCAGAGGCUACCGGCGUGGAAGAUCAUGUUCCCAUCGAGACGACUGCUCCAGAAACGGCCGAGGAAGUCGAUAAGGAACGCGAUGAAAACAUCACCGAAGGUGAUGAGACCCAUCCAGAGCAACCGACUGAAGGAUCGGAUAAAAGUAAGCAGCUAAAUGAUUUCAUCGUGCUCGGUGGUGAUCGUUUGCAGCGCUUGAAAAGAGCGGACGAAGUGCUGCCACCCUGGCUGUCACACCCCACAAUCAUCGAUAGUGAUCUAUCCGGGCAAGGACCUUCGAUAAAAAAGCAAGCAUAUCUGGAUGCUACCUUACGGGACAAUCUUAAAGCGAUGGGCUACAAAAGACUGUUUCCGGUGCAGGAGAAGGUAAUUCCCUGGAUCCUGGAGGCACACGCCAAACCGACACCGUUCUGGCCACGGGACGUUUGUAUUUCUUCACCGACUGGUAGUGGUAAAACGCUCGCCUUUGCGGUGCCUAUCGUUCAGCUGUUGCUUAAACGAGUAGCGCCGGCGGUUAGAGCGUUGGUCGUCCUACCGGUACAGGAACUGGCGGAGCAAGUGUACGGUGUGUUCGAAAAGCUUUGCCAAGGCACGAAAAUCACGCCAUUGGUUCUCUCUCGUAAGCAAUCGUUUCACCAAGAGCAGGAAAAACUAGUGUACACACUGCAUGGCCAGUUUAUUCAAAAAGCGGAUAUCGUUGUCACAACCGCCGGCCGGUUGGUUGAACAUUUGCAUUCUACGGCCGGGUUCACGCUACGCCACUUACGCUUUCUCGUCAUCGAUGAGGCGGAUCGAGUAAUGAAUCAGAUCCAGAACGAUUGGCUGUAUCAUCUGAACAAGCAUGUGAAACAGCAAUCCGACGAGUAUCUGCUAGGCCGAACGGCUGGCCAGCUAUCACAAACGGAACUUUUCGAUCGGCCGCAACAACCCCACAAACUGCUCUUCUCUGCUACACUGAGCCGUGAUCCGGAGAAGCUCCAAACCUUCAAACUGUUCCACCCGAAGCUAUUCACAGCGGUACGUGAUCCGACUGAACGGGCUAUCGCAUUAAGUAAAUCCAGUGCGGGCUCGGCGAAACAAAAUGCUGUGCUGAGGCGAGGAAAGUUCAUUGGUCAAUACACGACGCCUUCCGAGCUGCGAGAAUUGGUGUGCUACACCCAGUUCCGCAUCAAGCCGCUGACACUGUUUGCAUUGAUUCGCCAAGCAGGCUAUCGGAAAUUCUUGGUCUUCACCAACGGUAUCGAUGGAUCGCAUCGAUUGUCCUUUGUCCUGCAACGGCUGUUUGGCACCGAAAUGGUAAUCGAAGAGUGGUCCUCCUCGUUGACACCGGCCACCAGACGUUCCGUGCUGCAUCGUUUCAGUCUCGGCAAGGUGAAUGGUAUCAUUUGUACGGACGCGCUAGCGCGUGGUUUCGAUAUCGAUGAUAUCGAGAUUGUCGUUUCGUAUGAUAUGCCGCGACACAUAAGCACCUACAUUCAUCGAAUCGGUCGUACGGCACGUGCCGGUAACCGUGGUACCUCGAUAACGCUGUUAAUUGACGAGGAAAAAAAGAAGUUCAAUAGCAUGCUAAAGGAAGCUGGAAAAGAAGAGCUCGAAACGGUUGAAAUCCAGUCAUCGGUGGAGGAAGAGUAUGCCGGCAAGUAUUCGGCCGCAUUGAACGACCUGCGGGAUGCGUUGGAGCUGGAGAAGCAGAUCAUUACGAAGAUACGGAACGGAAUGACCAUGGCCAGUUUGACUCGUGUGAACUUGCUGAGCAAACUGAAGGAUCGGAUUGAUGUCGAUGGUUCGAUCAAUUCAACUGAGCUCAUCAAAUCGUUGAAGCAUUUGCCGAAGAGCUGGACGAACGAAGCGAUUGCAAUUCGCGCCGAACAGAAGAAGAACCGUAAGCGAACAGCAGAAUCUGUCGACGGUAGCACUGAUACAGCGGCACCACCCCCGGUUGAUUCCCAGGAUACAGCAGCAGAGGUAAAAGAGCAAGUGAAAAAUGCUACCACUGAAGCGAAUCGUAAGGUCAAGAAAGCACGCUGGCGAAACACGGCCGGUGCACUGGGCGAUAAAGCGAAGAAGGAGCCCACCGCGGAAUAACCGGCACAAUAAUGGACAAUAAAAGUGAAACUAGCGUUCGUAAAUGGAUAAACAUGGA